UGUAUUUGGUGCAUUUUAGACCCCCUCAAAAAGCAGGCUAGUCCCCCCUGCAGCUGUGGUGAGAAGCUGAAUCCCUGUAACAACGCAAACUCAUUAGCAAGGCAUCUACAAAAAGAGGCGCAGUCUCAGCACAACAAUUCGGAGUUCACAGAAGAUCAGAAGAAAACGAUAGCUAAAAUUGCAACAUGCUUGGAACUGAGAAGUGCAGCUUUACAGUCCACCCAAUCACAGGAUGAAUUUAAGCUUGAGGAUCUGAAGAAGUUGGAACCAAUCUUAAAGAAUAUCCUCACUUACAAUAAGGAGUUCCCCUUUGAUGUUCAGCCUGUCCCACUCAGGAAGAUUUUAGCACCUGGAGAAGAGGAACACUUGGAGUUUGAGGAGGAUGAUGAGGAAGGAGGAGCAGGAGCAGGGUCUCCAGACUCUUUUCCUGUUAGAGUUCCAGGUACUUUAUUACCCAGAUUGCCAUCUGAACCCGGGAUGACAUUACUCACCAUCAACAUAGAGAAAAUUGGUCUGAAAGAUGCUGGGCAGUGCAUUGAUCCUUACAUCACAGUCAGUGUAAAGGAUUUGAAUGGGAUAGAUCUGACUCCUGUGCAGGAUACUCCUGUGGCUCUGAGGAAGGAGGACACGUAUGUCCAUUUUAAUGUGGACAUCGAGAUUCAGAAACACAUUGAAAAACUAACAAAAGGUGCAGCUAUUUUCUUUGAAUUCAAACACUACAAGCCUAAGAAGAGGUUUACCAGCACCAAGUGCUUUGCUUUCAUGGAGAUGGAUGAAAUUAAACCUGGAGCAAUUGUCAUAGAACUGUACAAAAAACCCACCGACUUUAAAAGGAAGAAAUUACAACUGUUGACCAAGAAACCACUUUACCUUCACCUCCAUCAAACAUUGCACAAGGAAUGACCCUGGCUGUGAGGACUGUGUGAACUGACCC